AAUUAUUUAACAAAAUACUACAAUGACGAAGCUCAAAUAUUACUACGAUUUAAUGUCGCAGCCCUCACGCGCCUUGUGGAUUGCAUUGCGGUUGAGUAAGAUACCAUAUGAAGACUGUCCUGUUGCAUUGAGGAAGUCCGAAUAAUUGAAACCGGAGUACCAACAAAUAAAUCGCUUUCAAAAAGUGCCGGCACUCGUAGAUGGCGACUUUCAUCUAGGUGAGAGUGUAGCGAUGGUUAGAUACCUCGCCGAUAAGGGUCAGUUCAGUGAGUUACUCUAUCCGAAAGCAUUAGAACAGCGUGCACGCGUUGAUGAAUUUCUCGAAUGGCAGCAUUUCGGUGUGCGUUUGGGUUGUGCAACAUAUUUUCUUGAUAUGUGGUUACUUCCCAUUAACGGUAUAAAACCGAAACCUAGCGCUGAAAAAGCGGCUAUCUUAAGUAGAAAAAUGGAGGCACAAUUAAAAAUUUUAGAGGAGAUUUGGUUGAAGGAUACAAAAUUUUUGGUGGCCAAUGAAAUGACUGUGGCCGAUUUAUUUGGUGCUUGUGAAGUGGAACAAACAAAACUAGCACACUAUAAUGUUGGUAAGAAAUUUCCAAAAAUCGCCGAGUGGAUGCAACGUGUUCGAGAGCAAGCAAGUCCACACUACGAUGCCGCACAUGAAUUCAUAUAUAAAAAGUCUGCCAAAAAACCGUCCAAAUAAGAUUCGUGAUGUUAGGUAUUAAAUGUUUUUUCAUACAAUUUGUAGUAAUUUUUGUUUCAAGCAUUUUGUGUUCAUUAAUGUUAAAAACAAAUAUUUGUUGAAUGCCUUGUAGUCUUUAGUAGUAGACUAGUAGUCUGGUUGAAUAAAAUGUAUCUAUGUAUUACCUAGGCAACGAUUUAUCCAA